ACACGCUACAGUCCAAAUCAACGAAACCUCCCUCCCAUAUGCAAAACACCCCAAAAUAUUUUAGGGCGAGAAAAUAGAAAAAGGCCAGGGAUUAUCAGCUUAUUGGGAGGGAAAGAGGUCUCUCGAAUCACUCCUGGCGAUCCGAGUUUCGAAAUCCAGUGACUCGGUGAUACAGGCGGCUUCUUCUCUGCUCGCCACGCAUCUACGCAACUGUGCCUGUUCGGCAUUUUUUUAUUCCCUCAAUUGUCGCUCCUUUCUCUUGUACCAAUCGAGUUUGUUUUUCUAUAACGGGGGAUGUCAGCCCGCUAGAUUUUCGAUCCUUGUUGUCAAUGUCCGAUUCGAAAGUUGAAACUGCUUCGUUUUGGAGGCCUUUGGGUACGGAUUUGAUCAGUUUGAAGGCAAACUUAUUUUUAGUUUUUUGAAUUUCUGGGAGGGAAAUUCAGUGAGCUGUGAAGAUUUUGAUUGAAUUGGACGAUAAGAUCUCGGAUAGAUUUGGAUAAAAUUCCACGACGGCUUCUUCCUAGUGAUUUGUGAUCUGUCAGUGAUCGGAGGUUUCCUUGGUUCUUGGUUCUGUGUAGAUUUGCUAUUUGUCAACAUGAUGACCACUAAUCUUUUUCACUGUAGAAAGAAUUCGUGGCCGCCUGAAGAGUAUAUCAGUAAAUUCACUUUACAGCUGCUUGAUUUUGAUAGUGCUGCCCCACCCGAACAAGCUUGGAGGAGAAGACUAAACAGCCAUGCCAAUAUCCUUAAAGAAUUUAGUGUGACUUUUAUGGAAGCAAUAAAGAUGGUUCGACUAGGCAUACGGAUAUGGUCAUAUGUCAGGGAAGAGGCUUCUCAUGGAAGGAAAGCACCUAUAGAUCCUUUCACUCGAGAAAGUUGCAAGCCAUCUGCAUCUCAAGGAGUUCCACUUGGAGGGAUGGGGAGCGGCAGCAUAUCAAGAGGAUUCAGAGGCGAGUUCCGACAAUGGCAAAUUUUACCUGGUUUAUGUGAAGCUUCACCUGUCAUGGCUAACCAGUUUUCUAUUUUUAUUAGCAGAGAUGGAGGGAACAAAAGCUUUGCAUCGGUUCUGGCUCCUGGUCAGCAUGAAGGGUUAGGGUCUCGCAAGAAGGGCGAUGAUCAUGGUAUAUCAUCAUGGGGCUGGAAUCUGAGUGGCCAGCAUUCAACUUAUCAUGCUCUAUUCCCAAGAGCUUGGACGAUAUAUGAUGGUGAGCCGGACCCAGAACUAAAAGUGUCUUGCCGGCAGAUAUCCCCAUUCAUACCACACAAUUAUAAAGAAAGUAGUCUUCCUACUGCUGUUUUUGUUUAUACGUUGGUAAACACUGGCAAGGAGAGAGCUAAAGUCAGCCUUCUAUUUACUUGGGCGAAUUCCAUUGGUGGAGUCUCACAUUUGUCAGGAGAUCAUGUGAAUGAACCAUUCAUAGCUGAAGAUGGAGUUUCUGGUGUACUUCUACAUCACAAGACAGCAAAGGGAAACCCUCCUGUUACAUUCUCCAUAGCUGCUUGCGAAACACAGAAUGUAAGCGUUUCUGUUUUACCAUGUUUUGGGCUGUCUGAAGGAAGUAUCACAACAGCAAAAGAUUUGUGGGGUAAAAUGGUGCAGGAUGGACAAUUUGACCGGGAGAAUUUUAAUGCUGGACCUAGCAUGCCUUCAUCACCAGGAGAGACGCUCUGUGCUGCUGUCUCAGCUUCUACAUGGGUGGAACCUCAUGGAAAGUGCACUGUGGCGUUUGCUCUUGCAUGGUCAUCUCCAAAAGUAAAGUUUGUGAAAGGCAGCACUUUCAACAGGAGAUACACAAAAUUCUAUGGAACUUCUGAGAAAGCUGCAAUGAACCUGGUGCAUGAUGCCUUGACAAAUUACAAACGGUGGGAAGAAGAGAUUGAGAAAUGGCAAAGUCCUGUUCUUGAGGAUGAAAAGCUUCCAGAAUGGUACAAGUUCACAUUGUUUAAUGAACUCUACUUUCUGGUUGCUGGUGGAACAAUUUGGAUUGAUUCUUCUUUGCGAUCUGCUUGUGUGAAAAGUGAGCCAUAUCAAGUAACAGAGUCAGAAAAUGCAAAUGUGGAAGUAACUGAAGCUCGAGUGAACAGACUAGGUGCAGUUGUUGAGUGCACAACAGAUAGUGCCCAAAAUACUGCUACAACAGGACAAAAUCACAAGGAUGAGUUUGUGGCUCCUCUCAGAAAGGAAAAUCCCACUGGCACUUUGCAGACCUUAACGAUGAUGGACCAGCAAUGUGAUAGCAAUGACGAGGAUGUGGGCAGGUUCUUGUACCUGGAAGGUUUGGAAUAUAUCAUGUGGUGCACAUAUGAUGUCCACUUCUAUGCUUCAUUUGCCCUUCUUGAGCUCUUUCCUAAGAUUGAGCUGAAUAUUCAACGUGAGUUUGCUAAAGCUGUCCUGUGUGAAGAUGGAAGAAAAGUGAAGUAUUUGGCGGAGGGAAAUUGGGGGAUUCGUAAAGUUAGAGGAGCUGUGCCUCAUGAUCUGGGGACACAUGAUCCAUGGAACGAAAUGAAUGCAUAUAACAUCCAUGAUACUAGUAAGUGGAAAGAUUUGAACCCAAAAUUUGUACUUCAAGUGUACCGAGAUUUUGCUAAAACUGGUGAUAUGUCAUUUGGAGUUGAUGUAUGGCCUGCUGUUCGAACUGCAAUGGAGUACAUGGAUCAAUUUGAUAGGGAUGGUGAUGGUCUUGUUGAAAACGAUGGAUUCCCUGAUCAAACAUAUGAUACGUGGACAGUUCAUGGGGUGAGUGCAUAUUGUGGUUGUCUUUGGCUUGCGGCUCUUCAAGCUGCAGCUGCAAUGGCUCUUCAAUUAGGUGACACAGAUUUUGCUGAGACAUGCAAAAGAAAAUUUUUGAAGGCUAAACCUGCAUUUGAAGAAAAACUUUGGAAUGGCACUUAUUUUAACUAUGACAGUGGGUCAAGUAGUAACAGUAAAUCCAUUCAAGCAGAUCAACUGGCUGGGCAGUGGUAUACUGCAUCCUCAGGGUUGUCUCCCCUUUUCGAUGAUUUCAAGAUUAGAAGUGCUCUCAAGAAAAUCUUCGAUUUCAAUGUGAUGAAAAUUAAAGGUGGCAGGAUGGGUGCUGUGAAUGGAAUGCAUCCCAACGGAAAGGUGGAUGAGACCUGCAUGCAGUCUCGAGAAAUAUGGACAGGGGUGACAUAUGGUGUUGCUGCUACAAUGAUCCUUGCAGGUAUGGAAGAGGACGCCUUCACAGCUGCUGAGGGUAUAUUUAUAGCAGGCUGGUCUGAAGAAGGAUACGGGUAUUGGUUCCAGACACCAGAGGGAUGGACGAUUGAUGGGCACUACCGGUCCCUUAUAUAUAUGAGGCCCCUCGCAAUUUGGGGUAUGCAGUAUGCAUUGAAUCUGCCUAAGGCAAUUCUUGAGGCCCCAAAAAUCAACAUCAUGGACAGGAUCCACAUAUCUCCUGCUAUUGGAGGAUUCUCUCAUAAUGAAACUACUGUGAGAAAGAUUGCGCCAAAAUCCGGCUGCUUUGGAAAUUCUGUGUUUCAUUGUGCUUGCUGAUAUUUAACAGUUUUGUACAGGUAUGUUUCAUUGAAACAAUUCCCAGUCCAGCUAUGUUGCCUGUUAGUAAUGAUGGUCAAGUUCUGGGUAGUGGUCAUUGCGUAAAUAAUGAGUUGUCAUUUUGGUGGCCUUAGUUUAAACCAUGUAGGCUUGUCUCUGUAAUUCUGACACUUUUUCUUCUUUCAAUUCUUUUCAAGGUAAUUUAAAUCGUAUUUUGCAUA